CUGUUUUUUUUUUUUUAAUUAUUUUUUUAUGUUAAUUUUAGUAUGAUCUAUUAGUUAAUUCAGUUGGGUCAUUUUCUAAAUUGCUCUACUAUGGACUAUGUCAUUGGGGUUUUGGUGAAUUUUAGUUCCCUGUUGUGCUUUUAUAAAUUGGUUUUAUGGAAUUUGAAAAAUUGAUUCUUUUGGGAGGGUUAUUGAGUUUUAUGUUGAUUGUUGAGGUGCAUUGGCUCUUUAGCUCGUUUCCUACUAUUGUCUGGGGCUGUUUUCUGUUCACAUGCGACUUAUCAUCACUGUUUGCAUGUCUAAAUGAAUCUUACUUUAUGAGAGGCUAUGCAUUGAUCAAUAGAAGACUGGAUGACUUUCUUCCUGAGAUCUCGCCAAAUGCAGGUCCUCAGCCAUUUCUCCCUAUUCUUGCACCUUCUCCAUUGCAACCUUUCACAAAUGGUUCUAUACCAAAAUUAUCAGGACUUUGUACGUUGAACUUCACUGCUGCUGAAAGUUUGAUGAGCAUGACAUCAAUUGAUUGCUUGGGCGUCUUCGCACCAUUGUUGGCUAAUGUUAUAUGUUGUCCACAGUUGGAAGCCACCCUUGCAAUUCUUAUUGGCCAAUCCAGUAAAGAGACUAACGUGCUUGCUUUAAAUGGGACUGUUUCCAAGCAUUGCCUUUCGGAUAUUGAACAAAUUUUGGUUGGUCAGGGUGCUGCAGAUAAUGUUAAGAGAAUAUGCUCAGUCCAUCCAUCAAAUCUCACUGAAGGAUCUUGCCCAGUUAAGGAUGUGAAUGAGUUUGAAAGCACUGUCGAUUCAUCUAAGCUUCUUGCUGCCUGCAUGAAGAUUGAUCCUGUGAGAGAAUGUUGUGACCAAGUAUGUCAAAAUGCCAUAUCAGAAGCUGCUACAAGAAUUGCAUUAAAAGCUUCUGAAAUCUUGAGCCUAGGUGGGGCACAUGGUUUACCUGAGCAUUCAACUAGGAUUAAUGAUUGUAAACAUAUUGUUCUCCGAUGGUUGGCAAGUAAACUUGAUCCUUCUCAUGCAAAGGAGGUUCUCAGAGGACUAUCUAAUUGCAAUGUUAAUAAAGUUUGCCCUCUGGUUUUCCCUGACAUGAGCCAUGUUGCAAAGGGCUGUGGGAAUGGAGUAAGUAACACUGCAGGGUGCUGUAGUGCCGUGGACAGCUAUGUGUCUCACUUACAGAAACAGACUCUUAUUACCAAUUUGCAAGCUUUGGAUUGUGCUACAACUCUAGGAAUGGAGUUACAGAAAUCAAAUAUUACUAGAAAUGUUUAUAGCCUUUGUCACAUAAGCCUCAAGGAUUUCUCACUCCAAGUUGCAAAACAAGAAUCUGGAUGCCUUCUACCAAGCUUGCCUUCUGACGCAACACUGGACAAGUCUUCAGGGAUUAGCUUCAUCUGUGAUCUGAAUGACAAUAUUCCUGCUCCAUGGCCCUCUUCAUCUCAGUUAUCAGCAUCAUCGUGCAAUAAAACUGUGAAAAUUCCAGCACUUCCUGCAGCUGCAUCUGCUCAAAGUGGGCUUUAUAAUGAAGAUGUCGUAUUUUAUGUGCUAUUUGCUGCCUCAGCCACUAUGAUGAUGCUGUCAUAGACUUGUAGUGUCUUCUUUAUUCGAUGGGAUCUUGCUUCUUCUCCAAAUUGAGAAGGCUCCCAUACCUGAUACACAUUUACUAGUUCUUGUAGAUUAAAGUUAAUUAUCAGAUUGAGCUCAUGUCAAAAAUGAUUCACGUGUCUGACCCUUGUUCAUCCAAGUGUACCUGGCAGAGUCUGCAAAUUUCAACCUGAGGUGAAUUUGAGUUUGCCUCUGAUUGUAGUAAUUCAUGAUUCUUGCAUGCUUGUGUAAUAAAACUUUUGUGAAGUACUGGAAGAUCAAUAUCUGUAGAAAAAUCACGAUAUAGUAUUGUAUGUCCACUAUUUGACUACCAUGUAUAUGCGUACUGGAGAGGAAUUGAUUUCUCUUUUUUUUUUUCUUAGUCAA